UCAAAACAAUAGGCCACCCAAAACAGAAUAUUUUCAACUCACGAUGAAUGUUUUAGGUGAAAAAAACAUCGAAAUAAACAGCAAAUUAGAAAGAGAACAAGAAAAUUUGCAACUUUUGCAGGAACGUCUUAAUAAAAGUGCCAGUAUUACAAAGGGAAUUGGUAAUAUUCUAAAUUCUUUUGAACAGAGACUUUCAAGACUUGAGGACACAAUUUUGCCAGUUUAUAAUGAUACUGAACGUUUACAAAAAGCACAACAUAAUAUUGAUCAGACAAUAAGACUGUUGGACAAUGUUAUAAGUUAUUAUGAAGUGUCUAGUGAAGUUGAAAACAUUAUUGAAAGAGGACCUGGUGAAGGUGCCAUUGAUUUAGAUACUUACAUUGAAUCAUUAAAACGUUUAGGCAAUGCACAAAAAUAUUUUGAGAAAAAUAUACCCCAAAGUGUUGAAUUAAUUAAUGUUACAUCCUUUUUCCAUAAGGGAAAUGAUAAGUUAAACUCUGAGUUCAAGACAAUUUUAGACAAAUACAACACACCUAUUUUACCAGUUGUCUUGUUGGAUUUAAUAAAUGAAGAUGUUCCAAAUAAAGAUCCUAAACAAUUUCCAUCUCAAAUUCCACCAAAUGCAAAGGAAAAUUUAAUAAAAAUCGCCAAAUGGCUUUUGGAUAAUCAUCGUGAUGAAUAUUUAACAGUUUAUGGCAAAGUGAGAGGUGGAGUUCUGCAAAGAUCACUAACAAUGUUAAGAAACCAUCAAAAAUCAAUAAGUGGUGGAAGUGUUCAUGGAGUUAGCAGUUCCCCAAUGCUGAAACCAAAGUUUCAAAACCGUCAUGAGGCAACAAGAAAACCAUCAACUCGCCGUCUCCAAAAUGUGUUUGAGAGAAAAGCAAACAAAAUGCUUCUGAGAGCCUCACAAACACUUGAAAACUCGACGGGUUUAACUUUAGGCACAAGGCGAGCCUCACAUUUGGACUCUUCUUACAAUGGGGAAGAUUUUGACAAUGAACAGGAAAUGGAAAACUAUUUAGUUUGCGUGAUGGCUUUGCACAAAUUAAUGCAAAUCGAGCAGGCUUUGAUGAAAGACAUCAUUACUUCGGCGCACCAAGCCAGAGUUUUCGAACUUAUCGUUCGCGAAUCGAUGGAUACUGUUGUCCAGGAUGGAGAAAAUAUCGUUGCGAAAGCGAAGAAGUGCAUUCAAAGGCACGAUUUUGGAACUGUUCUGGUUGUAUUCCCAAUAUACAAGCAAAUGAUGGCUUUAAAACCUGAGUUUGAAAAAACAAUUGAGCAAUAUCACCUUCAUGUUAAGGACAAAUUCGAUUCAAUUCUCAAACUGUUACAAUCAACGGGAACAAAAGCACUGGAAGAUUUUAUUGAAAGUCUAAGGUCUGACUCUGUAACACAGUUGCCAAGUGAUGGAACUGUACAUGAAUUAACUAGCAAUGUUAUUAUGUUCUUGGAGCAAUUAUUGGAUUAUACUGAUAUAAUAUGUAAAGUUCUAUCUGUUGAACAAAAUUAUUCUAGAGCUUUAGACAAAUUGGACACAGUCAAAGGAACUGAUAAAGCUCUACUUGGACUAUAUAUUAAAAAAGUUUUGGUCCAGCUGAAUCACACAUUAGUAAGCAAGAGUGAACAAUAUAGUGACAGUGCUUUGAAAGCUCUGUUUAGAUUAAAUAAUAAUAAUUAUGUUUUGAAAUCACUACAAAGAACGAAUUUACUGGAGUUGUAUUUGAUUUCUGAACCAAAGUGUGAAGAAUAUUAUUAUAAAUUUAUGGAUGAUUACAAACAGGCAUAUUCUCAAAGUUGGAAUAAAUUAUUACAUUAUAUAAACUGCGAUGAUCCGAUCGUUGGGGAUAAAUUAAAGGACAAGGAAAGAGCAAUUAUUAAAGAAAAAUUUGCUGGUUUCAAUAAAGAAAUCGAGGAAAUAUCAAAAGUACAAAGAGGUUAUUCAAUUCCUGACAUCCAAUUGAGAGAAAGCAUCAAGAGAGACAACAAGGAGUUAAUAAUUCCAAAAUACAACGCAUUUUACAAUAAGUAUUCUGUGUUAAAUUUCACCAAGAAUCCCGAAAAGUAUAUUAAACACAAGCCGGAUGAAGUGUCUUUAAUUAUCGAUAGAUUUUUUGAUCUUGCUGCUUAAAUUAUUUAAAUAUUAUAUUCUAAUUAAUUAUACAGUUAAAUAUA